UUCCACCAAUAGCGAACCUGCUCGGCAAAAUAUGAAAAUGGCGGCUCUCUGUAGUGAGUUUGGGAAUCUGGUAGACAUCAAGAAACAACUGAUAUCUGUGAUAUCGCUUUGUAAAGAAAGAGGACUUUUACACAGCGCGAAGUGGGCUUCUGAGUUGGCAUUUGCUUUGGAUCCUCUUCCCAAGGAUGAAUUACCCUCAUCACCCCCUUUUACUGAGGACGAUGCACAAGACCUCGAUGCGCUUACACUGGCUAAAUCAUACUUUGACUUGAAAGAGUACGACCGUGCUGCUUACUUUCUGAAAGGAUGCUGCAGUCAGAAGGCUUAUUUCCUCUAUAUGUAUUCUCGCUAUCUGUCGGGCGAGAAAAAGAAAGACGAUGAGACUGUGGACAGCCUCGGUCCUCUGGAGAAGGGUCAGGUGCGCAAUGAAGCUUUGCGAGAACUACGGGUGGAGCUCAGUAAGAAGCACACUGCAGGGGAGUUGGACGGCUUCACUCUUUAUCUGUAUGGAGUGGUUCUACGAAAGCUGGAUCUGCUGAAGGAGGCGGUGGACGUGUUUGUUGAGGCAAUUCAUGCACUUCCUCUUCACUGGGGAGCUUGGCUGGAGCUCAGUAACCUCGUCACAAAUAUUGAAAUGCUGAAGUCACUGUCUCUGCCAGACUGCUGGAUUAAAGACUUCUUCAUGGCCCACAUGUACACAGAGCUGCAGAUGAUCAAAGAAGCGUUGCAGAAAUACCAGAAUCUCAUCGAGGCCGGCUUUUCUAAGAGCACCUACAUCAUCUCACAGAUUGCAGUGGCCUACCACAACAUCAGAGAUAUCGACCAGGCUUUGGCCCUGUUCAAUGAGCUGAGGGAGCAGGAUCCGUAUCGCAUUGACAACAUGGACACAUUCUCGAACCUGCUUUAUGUCAAAAGCAUGAAACCAGAGUUGAGCUACUUGGCCCAUAACCUGGUAGAGAUCGACAAGUACAGAGUGGAGACGUGCUGUGUUAUUGGUAACUAUUACAGCUUACGCUCUCAGCAUGAGAAAGCAGCUCUGUACUUCCAGCGGGCCCUUAAACUGAACCCUCGCUGUCUCGGUGCCUGGACCCUCAUGGGCCAUGAGUACAUGGAAAUGAAGAACACUUCUGCUGCCAUCCAGGCAUACAGGCAUGCCAUUGAAGUGAACAAGCGGGACUACCGUGCCUGGUAUGGUCUUGGUCAGACGUAUGAGAUCCUCAAGAUGCCCUUUUACUGUUUGUACUAUUAUCGAAAGGCUCACCAGCUCAGACCCAAUGACUCGCGCAUGUUAGUUGCACUGGGUGAAAGCUACGAAAAACUGUCACAGCAAGUCGAAGCCAAGAAGUGUUACUGGAGGGCAUUCUCUGUCGGAGACGUAGAAAAAAUGGCUCUACUCAAACUGGCAAAGCUGCAUGAACAGCUGACCGAAUCAGACGAUGCCGCCCAGUGUUACAUGCUUUACAUUCAAGACAUUUUCUCUUGUGGGGAGCAACUGGAGCAUGCUGAGGUGAGCACAGCCCUGAGGUACCUGGGUCAGUACUAUUUCAAGAGCAAGCUCUACGACGAGGCGUCCCUCUGCGCUCAGCGAUGUUGUGACUACAAUGAUGCACGUGAAGAGGGAAAGGCUCUGUUGAGGCAGAUCUCGCAGGUCAGAGAUCAGAUCGAGACGCCAUCAGCAGAUCUGUUUGCUCCUCUCUCAAACAACAACACUCCAGUCAGGAGGGUGUCUCCUCUGAACCUCAUCACCUUCACACCCUGACACCCGCUCACCUCUUCACUGCCUUAAAACGGACACUUUGGGAAUCCUGACAUGAAACUUUUGGGGGAGGUGGACAGAGGGAGGCUUUGCAAAUUUUGCCAAAAGGCAGUGUUGGAAUGAUUUACAUGACAAUAAAUUGCAUUCUUUUGUAACAA